AUGACGGAAGACGAAAAAUUUGUCCUCCAGACUUCGCUCGUAUCACAAAUACGCCAAUUCACACAAGGUCCAAGAGGAGAUACCUUUUUAUGCAAAUUUAAAGCAAAGAAACGUAAAUUAGUUUUUAAAUACGUUGCAUUUCAAGAUAAAGCGCAGAAAGAACAGUUCAUUCGCGAAGUCAAGCUCCUUAAAGAAUGCGUGCAUCCAGCUCUUGCACACUACGAAGGCUACAACCCUCCUGGCGCUGAUAAUAAAUGCAUGAUUGCCACUUCAUAUAUAGCAACGACAUUAGAGGAAAUCCUUAAGAGAAUCAGCUCUGGUGAGAAAUUCGAAUUUGGACCAACGCAAAUGAUAAUUAUAACUCUUGGCAUAAUUUCAGGUCUGAAAUUUUUACAUUCGUUAAAAAUCACUCACAAGAACCUCAAACCCUCGAAUGUACUCAUAGAUAAGAAUUUCAGGCCGUUGGUUUCGGAUUUCUAUCUCAAUUUUCAUCAUCCGCAAAUCAAGAGUUUGUAUUAUCCAGACGAAGAAAUGAUGCAAGAGAGCGAUAUAUUUGCUUACGGCACGAUAUUAUACGAAAUGUUUACUGGUAAAGUGAUAAAUGGCAGUCAAUUUCCACAAACCAAGCCAUCUCUCCCUACACACCUUCCAAUGAUCAUCAGGAAGAUCAUAUCCGCAUGUUGGUCAGAGAAUCCGAUGCACAGACCAUCCGCAAAUGACAUUUUCCAGUUACUUUCCAUAAAUCUUGACCAAAUUAACCCAGACUCCGACAUUUCAGUGACUCGCACAUACCUAUCUCUACUUCUUGCAUUCGAGAGAGAGCGUCUGAUGAGUAUUUACGGUGAUCCACAGUGCACACAGAACUUUGGCAAAUUCCUUUUGGACACGAGUUCAUGUUUAUCAUACCAAGUCAUGGGAAACAGGUUCAUCAACAGUCAGCAACACAAUCCGCCCGAGAAAUCUCCUUCAAUGGACAAUGUUGCUCAUCCAGUGAAGAAAGGAACGAAAGAAGUGAAGAAGAAAGGAAGAGUUUCGAAACCAUCGGGAUCAGACAGUGGAGGAAGUUCCCCACGCGAUGUCUCUGGAAGCAAAAAGAAGAAGGCAGCAGGAAAGACAUCAAGUGGAGGCCAAAACGCAUCAACACCUCCUAAACCAAAGAAUUUCACAGAAGACCCAUUCGAAGCAAGUAAAAACGGGGAUGUUCCAUCGAUGAAAUACAUCCUUUCAUGUACUGAUUUUGAUGUUUCUCAGAAGAACAAAUCAGGAUUGACUGUUUUCCACAUCGCAGCUCAACUAGGAAAAGUCGAUAUGUUGAAGGCGAUCUGUUCAUGUGUUAAACCACAAACAGUUAUAGAUCUUCCUGGUGAUUGGGGAAGAACGGCUCUUCAUUAUGCAGCAGAAGCAGGUCAAUUAGAAGCAGUGCAGUACAUUGUUCAGAUGAGAGGAGGUCAUGGAUUCCCUGUUAGUGAUGAUGGUCGUACUCCUCUACAUGAUGCAACAACAGAAGGACGAACAGAUGUUAUUAAAUUCUUGUUGAGUUGCAAAGAUGUCGAUGCGAACAAACGUGAUGAGAAUGGAUAUACUGCACUUCAUUUUGCAUGUGAAGGAGGUCAUCUUCAGGCAGCACAAGUUCUCUUGAAUUUCAAAGGAACAAAUCCAAAUGAACGUGAUGAAGAAGGUGCUACACCACUUCACUAUGCAUGUGCAGAAGGAAGAGUCGAUGUUGUCUCAUUGCUUGUCGAAUGCAAACAAGUCGAUGUUAACUGCACAGAUUCAGAAGGAAGAACUCCUUUACAUUAUGCAGCAUUUCAAGGUCAACUUGCAGCUGUUCAGAAGUUGUUGAGUUGUAAGGGAAUUGACAUCAAUGCACGAAACAGCGACGGACAGACAGCAAGUGAUAUCUCAACGAAUUCAGAUAUCACCGCUCUUCUUAUUAGUAAAGGCAAGAAAUGA